CACCUUGGAGGUAAGGGGACACGUGGCUCCUGCUGGGGGCUCCUCGAGGACGUUUCUCCUCCAUCUGAAGCGGCGUGAGACGAAGGGAGGAGUUUUGGAGCCCGCCAGCCCAUGGCACCGACCUGAGCGGCAGGCAGGUGGAAGCCAACAUUUCCUUCCCUGGAGAUCUGGGAUUGCGCUUGGAGCAUGAACGAGACCUUUCUCAACCAGAGUUUCCUGGAGGCCGGGGCUCACCCCAAUAGGACCCAGGGCCUGGGGAUGCUCAUGGCCUGCUGCAACGGGACGGGCGCCGUGCUGGCCAACGACGGUGGCUCCGCCGUCCUCGUGCCCGACGAGCGGAGCCUCUACAUCACCCGCGUGGUGCAGAUCGCCGUCCUCUGCGUCCUCUCCUUGACAGUCAUGUUCGGCAUCUUCUUUUUGGGCUGCAACUUGCUCAUCAAGUCAGAGAGCAUGAUUAACUUUCUGGUGAAGGACCGGAGACCUUCCAAGGACGUGGGUGCYGCAAUCAUGGGGCUUUACUGAAGUCGCCGGGCUUGUGUAGGCAAGUGAACCGGUGCAGAGAUGCAGAUGCUCAAGCUUUGGGGCAUGUGGGGACUGGCAAGAAGGGUGGGGGUCCUUCUACCAUAUCUGUGUCCACAGAGACCUUCUGAGCUUCCCAAGGACCAAAUUCUUCUGUGCCAAAUGGGGAAGUCUUCUCUGAGCUAUACAAAGCACAGCCUGGUGUGACCAGCCUUGUGUUGCAUGCAGAAAUGAUUUAAGUUUUGCAUGAAACUUGCAGAAAUGGUGAUAAUGUGCAGAUUCGGACUCUUCUCUGCUGUUACCUUGGAUACUGUUA